AUGAUCUGGCAGGAUCGGCCUUUCGCAAUGUUCUCGCCGGGUUCGCUAGCGCGGGUUUCACAACUGGUGGCUAAAGAAAAUGUGCGAAUGUACAACAGCACAAGGAACGCCUUGAAAAUCAACAAGGAUACGAAGGUCAUCAUUCAAGGGUUCACCGGGAAGCAAGGAACGUUCCAUGGAAAGCAGAUGCUUGAAUAUGGAACGAAGGUUGUAGGAGGAGUGAAUGUCAAAAAGGCUGGCGAAAAACACAUGGGUUUGCCGGUGUUCCGCGAUGUUAAAGAAGCUCGUGAAAAGACAGGAGCUCAUGCAUCCGUGAUCUACGUACCCGCUCCCUUCGCGGCUGGCGCCAUUGACGAAGCGAUUGACGCUGAAAUUCCUCUCGUCGUAUGUAUAACCGAGGGAAUCCCACAGCAAAUAUACAGACCUGUUCCAAUUUAA